AUGGGUUGUUUUUGUGCUUUGUCUUUUGCUCUUGUUUUGCUAACUGUGCAUGCAUGUCAUGCACGUAAUGUGCCGAAGGAACAUGCAAUGCAAGCCAAUGCACACACGGAAGAUUCGGCCAAGGGUAAUGGCGUUGAUGACAAGAAGAAUGUUGUUUACGGUGGAGUUGGUGGGUUUGCUGGGAUGGGGGGCGCUGCUGGGGUGGCCGGGGGUCUCGGUGGGAUUGGAAAAGUUGGUGGCGUUGGUGGUGCAGUUGGAAUAGGUGGUUACAAAUGCAUAGGCGGAUUAGGCGGUUUGGGCGGCGGAGUUGGUGGUUUAGGUGGUUUAGGCGGGGUUGGUGGUUUAGGUGGUGGAACUGAUGGCGGGGUUGGCGGUUUAGGAAGCGGAACUGGCGGAGGAGUUGGGGGUCUAGGUGGUUUAGGCGGUGGAACUGGAGGUGGAGUUGGGGGUCUAGGUGCUGGUGGUUGUCCUGGAACAGGCGGUGGUUGUCCAGGAAUAGGUGGUUUAAGUAAAGCAGCAGGUGUAGAUGGACAUGGACAUGGUGGUUCAACGAGCAGUAGCAUUAAGCCAUCUCCUUAA